AUGGCAGGCGCAUGGUGAGCGGAUAUCAAUCUUAAUCACAGGGGUUUUAUUAGUCUUAGCACAAUGUGAGUGAUUUACACCUUCACCUCAUCUUGUUCUCUCCCUCUUCUGCUUCCUCUCUCUCUCUCUCUCUCUCUCUCUCUCUCUCUCUCUCUCUCUCUCUCUCUCUCUCUCUCUUCAUCUCUUUCACCCUCUCUCUCUCUCUCGCUCCCUCCAUCUCUAUUUCUCUAUCUCUCUUACUAUGUAUGAUUUACUGCAACUCCUUCCAUCAGGACUUUAUAAAUACUUUUUUAUGAACGCCAGAGACUUUAUUUGAUUGGGUUAAUCUUCCUCGUCACUCUGGGUUGUCUGUCUGUCUGUGGUUUGGCUAAUUAUUCUGGCUGCGUGCCAAAUGGCACCCUAUUCCAGUAUUCUCUAUAGUACACUACUGUGCCAUUUAGGACAAAGACAUUGUGUCUCCAUCAGAAUGAGGCUUCAUUAUAAACCAAACCUGUCCGGCUGAGUGGAGAUGUGAUAUACUGUCAUCUUCUUGGCUGCAUCUGAAAUGGAAUCCUAUUUUCUAUAUAGUGCACUACUUUUGACCAGGGCUCAUAGGGUACUUUGUAGGGAAUGGGGUGCCAUUUAGGACACACAUCUCCUGGAUAGGCAGACCUAGUCCUCAACCUCAGCUCCAGGCUUCCAGCUCCAUGUCACUGAUAUGCUGUUAUUAACCUAGAAUGAGAGAAGACUCCAAUUAACCUAGAAUUGGAGAAGACUCCAACACCAUCAUUAAGUUUGCCGACGACACAACAGUGGUAGGCCUGAUCACCGACAACGAUGAGACAGCCUAUAGGGAGGAGGUCAGAGACCUGGCCGUGUGGUGCCAGGAUAACAACCUCUCCCUCAACGUGAUGAAGACAAAGGAGAUGAUUGUGGACUACAGGAAAAAAAAGAGGACUGAGCACGCCCCCAUUCUCAUUGACGGGGCUGUAGUGGAACAGGUUGAGAGCUUCAAGUUCCUUGGUGUCCACAUCACCAACAAACUAUCAUGGUCCAAACACACCAAGACAGUCGUGAAGAGGGCACGACAAAGCCUAUUCCCCCUCAGAAGACUGAAAAGAUUUGGCAUGGGUCCUCAGAUCCUCAAAAAGUUAUACAGCUGCACCAUCGAGAGCAUCCUGACUGGUUGCAUCACCGCCUGGUAUGGCAACUCCUCGGCCUCCGACCGCAAGGCACUACAGAGGGUAGUGUGUACGGCCCAGUACAUCACUGGGGCCAAGCUUCCUGCCAUCCAGGACCUCUAUACCAGGCGGUGUCAGAGGAAGGCCCUAAAAAUUGUCAAAGACUCCAGCCACCCUAGUCAUAGACUGUUCUCUCUGCUACCGCACGGCAAGCAGUACCAGAGCGCCAAAUCUAGGUCCAAAAGGCUUCUUAACAGCUUCUACCCCCAAGCCAUAAGACUCCUGAACAGCUAAUCAUGGCUACCCGGACUAUUUGCAUGCAGGGUUAUUAUAGUCAAACAUAGGAUAUCCAAUGGAUAUGUUUGUCAAUGUGUGUUUCCCUGAAAUCAAAUGUGGAGAGAUUGUAGAUAACAGUUGGAUCAGUUCAUCCAUCUCUAUCAUGUAUAACAGGCAUCUGGCUGGUGAGAGCAUGCUAAACUGGAGAUGUUCACACAUGCCUCCUAUUCCUCCUGAUAUCUGUCUUCACAGCAUACAGUCAUGGUCAAAGGUUUUGAGAAUGACACAAAUAUACAUUUUCACAAAGUCUACUGCCUCAGUUUUUAUGAUGGCAAUUUGCAUAUACUCCAGAAUGUUAUGAAGAGUGAUCAGAUGAAUUGCAAUUAAUUGCAAAGUCCCUCUUUGCCAAAAAAAACAUUUCAACUGCAUUUCAGCCCUGCCACAAAAGGACCAGCUGACAUCAUGUCAGUGAUUCUCUCGUUAACACAGGAGAGAGUGUUGACGAGGACAAGGCUGGAGAUCACUCUGUCAUGCUGAUUGAGUUAGAAUAACAGACUGGAAGCUUUAAAAGGAGGGUGGUGCUUGAAAUCAUUGUUAUAUCUGUUGACCAUGGUUACCUGCAAGGAAACACAUGCCGCCAUCAUUGCUUUGCACAAAAAGGGCUUCACAGGCAAGGAUAUUGCUGCUAGUAAGAUUGCACCUAAAUCAACCAUUUAUCGGAUCAUCAAGAACUUCAAGGAGAGAGGUUCAAUUGUUGUGAAGAAGGCUUCAGGGCACCCAAGAAAGUCCAGCAAGCGCCAGGACCGUCUCCUAAAGUUGAUUCAGCUGCGAGAUCGGGGCACCACCAGUGCAGAGCUUGCUCAGGAAUGGCAGCAGGCAGGUGUGAGUGCAUCUGCACGCACAGUGAGGCAAAGACUUUUGGAGGAUGGCCUGGUGUCAAGAAGGGCAGCAAGGAAGCCACUUCUCUCCAGGAAAAAGAUCAGGGACAGACUGAUAUUCUGCAAAAGGUACAGGGAUUGGACUGCUGAGGACUUGGGUAAAGUCAUUUUCUCUGAUGAAUCCCCUUUCUGAUUGUUUGGGGCAUCCGGAAAAAAGCUUGUCCGGAGAAGACAAGGUGAGCGCUACCAUCAGUCCUGUGUCAUGCCAACAGUAAAGCAUCCUGAGACCAUUCAUGUGUGGGGUUGCUUCUCAGCCAAGGGAGUGGGCUCACUCACAAUUUUGCCUAAGAACACAGCCAUGAAUAAAGAAUGGUACCAACACAUCCUCCGAGAGCAACUUCUCCCAACCAUCCAAGAACAGUUUGGUGACGACCAAUGCCUUUUCCAGCAUGAUGGAGCACCUUGCCAUAAGGCAAAAGUGAUAACUAAGUGGCUCGGGGAACAAAACAUCAACAUUUUGGGUCCAUGGCCAGGAAACUCCCCAGACCUUAAUCCCAUUGAGAAUUUGUGGUCAAUCCUCAAGAGGCGGGUGGACAAACAAAAACCCACAAAUUCUGACAAACUCCAAGCAUUGAUUAUGCAAGAAUGGGCUGCCAUCAGUCAGGAUGUGUCCCAGAAGUUAAUUGACAACAUGCCAGGGCGGAUUGCAGAGGUCUUGAAAAAGAAGGGUCAACACUGCAAAUAUUGACUCUUUGCAUAAAUUUAAUGUAAUUGUCAAUAAAAGCCUUUGACACUUAUGGAAUGCUUGUAAUUAUACUUCAGUAUACCAUAGUAACAUCUGACAAAAAUAUCUAAAAACACUGAAGCAGCAAACUUUGUGAAGACCAAUACUUGUGUCAUUCUCAAAACUUUUGACCACGACUGUACAACAGCCUCAAAGCUCUCAAUCCUUGGACUUUACAGGACUUUACUAUCUCUCCAUCCUCACUCUCUCUCUCUCUCUCUCUCUCGCUCUCUCUCUCUCGUUCUCUUUCUAGCCUUGACCAGAUUCGUAUUCAGAUGUUGAUCCAAUCACCUCUGAGGCAGAGCUGUGGUUGUGUGCGUGUGAGCUGUGGUUGGUGCCGUGCACUUCUUGUCUCUCGGCAGUCAUGUAGAAUGCUAAUUCAUUAGUUCAACAUUCACAACAGGCCUGCUCUCUCUCUCUCUCUCUCUCUCUCGCUCUCCUCUCUCUCUCCUCUUUCUCUCUCUGUCUCUGUCUCUGUUGCUGUCUCUGUCUCUGUUGCUGUCUCUCUCUGUCUCUGUCUCUCUCUCUCUCUCUCUCUCUCUCUCUCUCUCUCUCUCUCUCUCUCUCUCUCUGUCUCUGUCUCUGUCUCUGUCUCUCUCUCUCUCUCUCUCUCUCUCUCUCUCUCUCUCUCUCUCUCUCUCUCUCUCUCUCUCUCUCUCUCUCUCUCUCUCUCUCUCUCUCUCUCUCUCUCUCUCUCUCUCUCUCCUAUCACCCUAUCCAUCUCUCUACUUGAAGAGACAUUCUUCUCCUUGCUCUGCUUUUCAUAUGUUAUUCUUGGGGCCAUGAGUUUUUCUCAACCACAUGACCUAGCCAGGAAUAACUCUAGGUCCUAGUAAUACUGUUCCACCACUCCACUGUUCAUCCAGGCUAUGCAGCCACAGGCUAACAUUUCUCGCUUCACAGUUUGUGUUAGGAGACCCUCACUGUUUCUGUGUCUGACACUUUUUUUAAUGCUAUGCUACAGGAGAGUGUUUUCCCUCCAGCUUCAGUACUGCUGCUGUACUGUAACAGUAUUCAUAUGAGAGUAGCGAACUCUAUAGCCUCUACCUCUGAAUUCAUAGUUCCAUUCUUUCCCCUCCACUGUAAAUCCCAGGUGCAUUCUACCAGUUCAUUUGUCAGCCGUCAUAUCAUAAAUAUUUAAUGUGAGUAUUGUACAGGUGCCAUUUUUUAUGAUGGUGGUAUGGGCUAGGAAAAUAAACAUUCCUCCAUGCCUGGUUGUGGCUGAAAUGGAAAGUGACGUUUGGGUCUCCUCAUAUAGCUCUCUCUCUCUCUCUCUCUCUCGCUCUCUCACUCUCUCUCACACACACACAGACACACACACACAAUAAUCAAGCUGUCUCCUACAGUAUGCCACGACCAGCUCUCAGUGUUUAACUUGUCCAGGUUCAGUCAUGCUACUGUGGUGAGAACAAGAGCAGCAAUGCAGUAGUUAUUAAUAACUUGCCCCCUGCCAGAUAAUAUAAUAUUGAAGUAAAGCUACAGGCCUAGAGGGCUGCUGUGUUUGAACAGAGCAGCUCUCCUCUCCUCAACAAGCUCCCGGUCUCUGUGCCCUCCCGGGGUUUACCAUCCUUCUCUUUGGUGUGUGUCUCUCUCUGCCAACAUCACAGGCUCUCUCGCUGGCUCUCUCACCAUCCUUUGGCUGUCGUUAGGCCAAACACACACACACACACAAAAACAUAUACUCCAGAAUGCAUGCACACAUACACACACACAGCUCCGCAAGACCACCAUGUGCUACAGGAUACAUACAGAACAGAGAUCCUGUUUCAGUUGAGAAUCAUCAUCACUUCUAAUGAAUGGUUUCCAUCCUCGUACACUCACAGGAGCCAGGGCCAGGCCAGGACAGGGAAGUGUGUGCUUUUGAUAAGCAUGACUGGCUGUAUUUUCCUUGGCCCAGACUCUCAUAGCUCUCUCCUAGCUGCCCUCUUAGGCACAGAGCAGCCAUACUGCAGUAGUAGUAGUAGUAGUAGACGUUGGAGACUCUAUUUCAUUUAAUCCACUUCUCCUUUCCUUCCCAGAGAGAUCCCCCCCUUUUUUUGAAGAGAUGGAAGGAAAGAGAGAACUCUAAUCAACUUGUGAGGCUUAACCCCAUCUGUAAACUCUUUCUAGCUGCGAUCCAGAGCCAACACUUGCAAACGAUUACCCUGCCAGUACCCAGGAGGCUCUCUGAUUGGCUUGUUUGGUUAGUGUAAUCCAGGGAACUGCUACAGUCUCCUCUCCUCAGCUGGCUGGUGGCUGGCUGGGUGGGGAGUUGGGCUGAACUGAGUGGAGGCUGUCUGUUAUGAACCCACCAGCCCCAGCUCUCAGCUCUCUCUGUACUGUAGAUGUGAGGUGUAUUAGAACCAGACGUUGAGGGGUAGAAUGUUAGAGUUAUAAUGUGGUGUGGCAGGGAGGCAGUGAGGCGUGCUGUGGGGGGUACACUGCUGCCCCCAAGUCCACCCUCCCCAUCCCCCCAUUCCCCCUCCCUCCCUGUCACUGGGCUGUUCAGACAGACGCCAUUCCACUCCUGGACCAGCCUGGCUGUCUCUACUGCUGGCAUCUCUCCCGGCUAAACGCAGGCAGGGCUGGGGAAGUCAUCCACUCCUCCUCUCUCCCUCUCUCCUCUCCCUCCUCUCCUCUCUCCUUCCCCCCAGUGCCUCGCUCUACCAGAGGAGACGGUUUGGCUUGUGCUCUAACUCAAAUAAACAACACAGAUGAGAAUUAAAGACUCACUCCAACAGCACCUGGUGCCCUGUACUGUCCUGUACAGUACUGUACUGUACUGUUCAUAUCCUGUCCUGUACUUUACUGUCCUGUACUGUCCUGUAAUGUCCUGUACUGUCCUGUACUGUUACUGACCUGUCCUGUACUGUCCUGUAUGGUACUGUCCUGUACUGUCCUAUACUGUCCUGUACUGUCCUGUAUGGUACUGUCCUGUCCUGUACUGUCCUGUACUGUUACUGACCUGUCCUGUACUGUCCUGUAUGGUACUGUCCUGUACUGUCCUGUACAGUCCUGUCCUAUACUGUCCUGUACUGUCCUGUCUUGUCCUGUACUGUCCUGUACUGUCCUGUACUGUUACUGACCUGUCCUGUACUGUCCUGUAUGGUACUGUCCUGUACUGUCCUGUACAGUCCUGCACUGUCCUGUACUGUCCUGUACUGUUACUGACCUGUCCUGUAUGGUACUGUCCUGUACUGUCCUGUACUGUCCUGUCCUGUACUGUCCUGUAAUGUCCUGUACUGUGUGGGUUCUCGUUCAUACUAGUGGUACUAUCCAAAAUGAUCCUACAGGGUACAUACUGAAAUACAUUGGUCUAACUAGAAAUUGUGUGCUUGCUUCAGCUGUCCAAAAGUAAUUUAUGGUAGUGGAAUAAUUGUCUUUUUUAAAGUCAACAUCCAAUGUCGUCCAAGAGUUGCUGAAUAUUUCCUUAUCUUGUCUAGCUCCUGAGAUGUAUUCUUGUGUCUUCCUCUCUGUAGGUGUAACAGUGAAAGGUCCCCUUAAGACAAACUGUCUAACCCAUACAUCCUCUAAGACAAACUGUCUAACCCAUACUCUAAGACAAACUGUCUAAUCCAUACAUCCUCUAAGACAAACUGUCUAAUCCAUACAUCCUCUAAGACAAACUGUCUAACCCAUACAUCCUCUAAGACAAACUGUCUAACCCAUACAUCCUCUAAGACAAACUGUCUAAUCCAUACAUCCUCUAAGACAAACUGUCUAACCCAUACAUCCUCUAAGACAAACUGUCUAACCCAUACAUCCUCUAAGACAAACUGUCUAAUCCAUACAUCCUCUAAGACAAACUGUCUAACCCAUACAUCAUCUAAGACAAACUGUCUAAUCCAUACAUCCUCUAAGACAAACUGUCUAAUCCAUACAUCCUCUAAGACAAACUGUCUAACCCAUACAUCCUCUAAAACAAACUGUCUAACCCAUACAUCCUCUAAGACAAACUGUCUAAUCCAUACAUCCUCUAAGACAAACUGUCUAAUCCAUACAUCCUCUAAGACAAACUGUCUAAUCCAUACAUCAAAUCAAAUCAAAUCAAAUUUUAUUGGUCACAUGCGCCGAAUACAACAGGUGCAGACAUUACAGUGAAAUGCUUACUUACAGCCCUUAACCAACAGUGCAUUUAUUUUAAACAAAAAAGUAAGAAUAAAACAACAACAAAAAAGUGUUGAGAAAAAAAAGAGCAGAAGUAAAAAAUAAAGUGACAGUAGGGAGGCUAUAUAUACAAUAGAAUAAAGUGACAGUAGGGAGGCUAUAUAUACAGGGGGGUACCGUUGCAUAGUCAAUGUGCGGGGGCACCGGCUAGUUGAGGUAAUAUGUACAUGUGGGUAGAGUUAAAGUGACUAUGCAUAAAUACUUAACAGAGUAGCAGCAGCGUAAAAAGGAUGGGGUGGGGGGGGCAGUGCAAAUA